CUGAUGCAUGUGCGCGCUCCUGCAGACAGGGGCACACUUCGCAUCAGAGGGUAUCCACCUUAACGUGACAACUCCCGGGUCCUUGUGAGUGAAGAGUCACUGCGGAGGAAGACGAGCGAAGAAGGCGCUGUGAUGGGCAGCAUCGCGGGACUCGAGAGGUUUGACAGUCCGGGUAAAGGACGAGGUCUCCGCGUGACCAGACCCUUUAGAGUGGGAGAGCUGCUGUUCUCCAGCCCGGCGUAUUCUUGUGUGCUGUCAGUAAAGGAGAGAGGCCUGUACUGUGAGUUCUGCUUCACACGGAAAGAGAAGUUGGCGAGAUGUGGGAAGUGCAGGAAAGCCUCCUACUGCAGUGUGAAAUGCCAGAGAGGGGACUGGGCCAUGCACAAGCUGGAGUGCUCUGCCAUGAAUGCAUUCAAAGAGAAGUGGUGCCCAUCAGAGAUAUCUCGCCUGGUGGCCCGGAUCCUCGCCAAGAAGAAAAUGCAGAAAGAAAGAUGUGUUUCUGAGAAGAUCUUGCUGAUUGAGGAAAUACAAUCACACGUGGAAGACGUAGAUAAUGAGAGAAGAGAGAUGAACGAGGCAGAUGUUGCCGGACUGCAUCGUUUUUUCUCCAAACAUUUGGAGCUUCCCGACCAUAAAGACCUUCUCACACUCUUCUCCCAGGUUGCCUGUAAUGGUUUCACUGUAGAGGACGAUGAACUGUCCCACAUGGGUACUGCACUCUACCCAGAUGUGGCACUGAUAAACCACAGCUGUCUUCCCAGCGUCAUAGUCACAUUUAACGGGACGUCGGCGGAGGUUCGGGCGGUGAAGAACAUGAAGCCUGGAGAUGAAGUGCUCAUCAGCUACAUAGACCUCCUCUAUCCAGUUGACGACCGCAACAACAGGCUGAGAGAGUCCUAUUACUUCACCUGUGACUGCCAGGACUGUAAAACCAAGUCCAAGGACAAGGAAAAGUUGAAAGUACGUAAGCGGAGUGACCCCAUAGAGCCAGACGUCAUCAGCAACAUGGUGCGGUACGCCAGGAAAACCACCAGAGAGUUCCGGGCUCUCAAACACAUAAAGACCCCUAGUGAGUUGCUGGAGAUAUGUGAACAGAGCCUGGAGGAGAUGGGAGCCGUCUUUGAUGACGCUAACGUCUACAUGCUCCACGUGAUGUACCAGGCCAUGGGGGUUUGUCUCUACCUGCAAGACCCAUACGGAGCUCUCCGAUACGGCGAGAAGAUCAUCAAACACUACAGCAAGUUGUAUCCCCCCUACUCUUUGAAUGUGUCCUCCAUGUAUCUGAAGUUGGGCCGACUGUACAUGGGCCUAGAGAGGCACUCAGUGGGUGUCAGCGCUCUCAAGAAGGCAAUGGCCAUCAUGGAGGUGGCUCAUGGGAAGGAUCACUUCUACUUGACAGAGUUGCGCAAAGAGAUGGCACAAAAAUGAGGAGAAAGUAAAGAAUUGAUGUAACGUGGCUGGCCCCCGAGGGACUGCAAACACUCCUUUGAUUAGGAGCUUUACAGAACUGAAAGCACUUUCUAUUCUUUUUGGUACUGAAGCAAAGAGAGAGAGCAUUCGUGUUUUUAUGCAAAGUUUAAUGCAUUAAAAUCUAUUUGGGAUUUUCAGAUGUUGGACUCUUUAAUCAGUGUUGUGUAUGCAAGAAGUUAUUCGUUUGUUGAACGCAAGAUAUGUUUGUGCCGAGCAUGCAUUUAAUGUGAAAAUCUGACAUUGUGAACACAAUUGUUGACUGAGGUUGAGCAUAAGAUUAUCCCAAAUUGUUAAUGAUUUCAUGCUUGUUGUGGCUUGUGACUGACCCGUCAGCUGGACCCUGUCAUCCAUCAGAGUGGAGUUGUUGACAUAUGUGUGUAGGGGGGCAACAAAAUCCCUGUCAGCCAAUCAGGACAGCUGCCUCACCACAAGGGUCCUAUUAAAGCUGUGGAAUGUACCCCAAUCACAAUGGAGGGCUGGUACUCACACAAUGUGCUAAUGCAAACACAGUGCUCUGCACUAAUACAUGUCUCCAGCACUGCGAGAGAAACCCUCUCCAACAUACGCACAUCA